CCUAUAUGCACAGUUGGGCAGGAGCAGCAAAUACACCUCUCUGACACAGACACUUUCCAAAUUUUUUUUCUUCAGGAGAUUAUCACUUGGUUGACUUGGAGAAGUUUAACAAGUUGAAUCUGAGCUAAAAAGCUUGUGAAGAUUUCAACUGGGAAAAAUGGGAAACGAGAAUUCCCAAAGCAAACAGCUAACCAAGAAUGGGAAAAUUCCUGAGAAGCAUGAAAAUGGAUCAGUGAAUGGCAUUUCUGCAAGCAUCACAUCUAAUGGGCUGGAGAUUGGUGGUGUUAAUAGUGAGACCGUAGUCCAGAAAAAUGGCGGGCCCCUCAAUUUAAACUUUGCCACAGAAUCGACUGAGCGUGAAUAUGUGAUAGUCGAAUCCGACAGUAAUCAUGUGGAUGCUCCAGUUAUUACUGAAAUCCUUGAAGCCUCCGUCCAGAAGAAAGAGGUCAAGAAAAGUAAAGGAGAAAAAGUUCCUCUGUUUGGCAAAAUGUUCAAAAUGAAAGCAGAACCCCCAGCUGAUGUCGAGAGCGUUAAAGAAAAAGAGACCUCAAAUGAAGAUCAAACGGACGUAAGUGUCCCUGCCACUGAUCCACAGCGGGAGACAGCUAACCUAAAGCAAGAAUCUGAAUCAUUAACGGAGCCAGAAAGUGUGACUCUUGACCCGGGUCCAGAGGAAGAAAAAGCUCCUGAAACUGACAACGGAAACAGUCAGCCUGUGGAAAACCAAGAGGACAGUAACCCAGAAGAGAAUCCAGUUAUGAACUUCUUCAAAACACUAGUGACUCCCACUAAAACAACCAAAAAGGAAACAGCUACUCCCGAUGCCACAAAAGAUCAGUCCCCAAAGGAGACCCAACCAGCAGCAACUAUUACUGUUGCACAAGUAUCUGAGCCGCCUGCAGCACCCAAAGGAAUGUCUAUCCCACCACCACCUCCUCCAGAACCACCAAAAAUGGAAAUCAAAGGAGAGCCAGCUGCCAAACCUGUAAAACCCACACCAAAAGAAGAACCAAAAGCUGCUGCAAAGGAACCCGGGCCCUCAAAAGGAACAUCAGCCAAAGAUACUCUGAGGAAAUUCUUCCAUUCAAAGGUACUGCUAGGUGUCAUGGCAUCCAAAGGCAAAGGUGCUUCAGCAAGUGGAGCCAAUGCACCGGCCAAGACUGCAGCAGUGACAAUCAAGGAGGCACCUCAGCCAGCGGUAGAAGUACAACCAGUUGUACAAGUACAGGAGACACCAGUGCCAGUAGAAGUCCAGAGUGAAAAUAAUGUUGAACCUCAUGAGACGCCAGAGGAGGUGGCACAGCCAGUUGUAGAAGAGCAGAUGGUGGAAGAGGUACCACAGCCAGUGGUAGAAGCUGAGAAGGUGGAUCCCUCAAAAACCAGCACCUUGGAGGCUGCUCCAAAGCCAGAACCACCACCGCCUGUUCAGGAAGAGAAGAAAACAGCCUCAAAAUCCUCCUUCCUGUCUUUCUUCAAGCCUAAAGCUGCUGAUCCCAAGAAGGCCGCCCCUGCCCCGGCUGCAGCAGCAGAGGCAGCUCAGACAGUUAAAGCCAAGGAGGAACCUAAAGCAGCAGCCAAGUCAUCAGAAGCGGUUGUGGAUAGCAAACCAGCUACAGUGGCCUCCCAGGCUGGUGAUGAUGCAGCCAAUGUGCCCAAGAAACUGGAGAAGAGGAACUCCAUCCAGCUGUUCUUUAAAAUUCUGGGUCAGAAACGUAACUCUACAGAUGCCGGGGUCCAGACAGAGCCAGUUGCUGUUGCUCCAGCAGCUGAGAAGGCCAAAUGAAACCAAAACCUACAGUUUUCUGUUUCCUUGUACAGACUCCCUCUCUCUUUCUUGCUCUUACUCAAUCUUUAUAUAUAUCUUUCUCUCAUCUCCCUUUCCAACCUCUAUGGAAUUACUUUAACAAUGUCUUUUGUUUUUGUUACUGUUUAGAAGUUACAAUAUGAAUGGAAAAGUGACUGAGAGGAUAAAAGCAAGUGAACAGUUGUGAAAAAAAGAACAGUGGGCAGGUAGUGAAACUAGUGGUGAUUUGAAAUGGUCAGAAGUGAGGUUGUUGAGAUAUAUAUAUAUUUUUUUGGUCAUAUAAAUAUCUUGACAAGUAUAGCAAUGUGAGUGUGAAACAUUUUCUACAGACAUUUAAUGUGACUUCUCUCUGUUCUUCCAACCUGACAUACUGGGCUUAUGCAAUAGACAGUAUCAUGCUUUGCUUUUAGCAAUUAAUCUGUCGAAAACAAAUACAUAGGCUUUAUUUUUACAGUUCAUACCAGAAGAAUCAUGCAGGUGUGGCAAUGCAGAGGUUAAUAUAAAAUGAUAUUGAAAAAAGUAUCAAUUUAUAUGACGUUAAAAAUCAUAUAACAAACAGCACUUACAGAUUUUUUAACUUUAUGUAAGCUAUAUGUAGGCUAACAUACAUAUAUCCUAACAGUUAUGUACUGGGCCAUAUGGGAAAAUCACAAUCUUUACUCUUCUGUGGGGACCUGAUUGUAAGUGUUCAUGUUAACAAAUGCAUCUGAGGUGGCAAAAUGGUGUCGCUGUGCAAAUGUGUCCUCGUGGUACGUUUUGCAGUAGUCAUAAAUCACAGUAGAUUAGUUUUUAAUUUGAUUGCAGCACUUUGUGUCGUGUAAUUUAAAGAAAGUCUUAUGGUGUUAGUCAUUUGUGUUUGGCAUAUGUGCAAUUAAUAACACGCUUUUGUUUGCCUAUAUGUAUGUAUGCAUGUAUAUGUAACUUCAGCUAUCUUGAAGACAAUAAAUAUGUUCACCGUU